UACUUGGUCAGUGUCGGGGCGCGGCGCUGUGCGACAGGUGCCGCGAGACACGUUCUCACAGCUCCCACCAGCGGGCCUGGGCAGGGCGCUUCGGGCCGGACACAGGCUCAGCCUGGCAGGCGGCUGCUUUUCCAAGAAACUUGAGCCCCGCGCGCUGCCGUCCGGGCCCCUCCAAACGAGCCCAGGGGGCUAGCGCGCGCACUCCCGCGGCGGAUCCGAGCAGGCCGGCUCCCGCGCCUGCACCCCACCAUGUCCGCCCUCGCCAAGGCCUCCGGCGUCCUCAAGUCGGUGGACUAUGAAGUGUUUGGCCGGGUGCAGGGUGUGUGCUUUCACAUGUACACAGAAGAUGAAGCUAGGAAAAUGGGAGUAGUUGGCUGGGUUAAAAAUACCAGACAAGGGACUGUUACUGGCCGAGUUCAGGGCCCAGAAGAUAAAGUAAAUGCAAUGAAGGCCUGGCUGAGUAAAGUUGGAAGUCCCAGUUCUCGCAUAGACCGAACCAACUUUUUUAAUGAGAAGGAAAUCUCCAAGCUUGAUUUCUCAGGAUUUAGCACUAGAUACUAAUGGAGGAAGAAAUCUUUAAGCACAAAAUUAUAAUGCUUCAGCUGCAUAGUAAUUUCUUUGCCUCCAUAAAAUAGCAUGACAGCACUUUUUUUGACGUCUGCUUCAUACUAAAGUAUAAAAAUACCCCUUUUACAUAAUGUAGGACUGUCAGUUACUGUAUUAGAAAUUUCAUAAUGUAAAUCUUUACCAACAUUGCCAAUUUAUAUAUAAUUUACUUAGAAGGAAGUAUAAAAAAUCAAUAAAAAUAUACAACUGCAAAAUCAGCAAAUACUAGUGCACAGUGAGAUUUGUAAGACAUGAUCAUACAGAACCUAGUCUUUGCCAAAUAAAAUAUGAUUUAUAUAUAUUAAAAAACAAACAAAUAGAAAACAACUUAAAUUUCACUGUGACAUAAUUAAAAAUGUUUAAAUACUUUAAAUAAUCUUUAAACAGGAUCACAGCAAUGUUCAGUAGUAUAUUCUAUAUGCUAUGAAUUGUAAAGUUCUCUUGUAUUAUUUGUAAUAAUUAGUUGAUGCUGUAGCAAGUGUUCUAAAAUAAAUGUG